GGCAGGGCGCUGAUUGGGCGGCACGGGUGGGGCACGGAGCGGUUUGCUCCGCGCAGGCGCGGCCGCUGCCCCGGAAGUGCUCGAGCUGACACGUCGCAGCGGGCGCGGGGCCCGGUGCGGCCGCAGAUUGCCGCCAUGUCCGGGUUCGACAGCUUCAGCACUGACUUCUUCCAGACCGGUUACAGUGUGGAGGACCCAGCGCAGGCCUACGGUUACAGCGGGGGGCCGUACAGCAAGCAGUAUGGAGGCUAUGAGUACUCUCAGCAAAGCGGGUUUGUCCCUCCAGACAUGGUGCAGCAGCAGCCGUACACGGGGCAGAUUUACCAGCCGACGCAGGCAUACACUCCAACCUCAGCACAGUCGUUCUAUGGAAGCAAUUUUGAGGAUGAGCCUCCUCUAUUAGAAGAAUUGGGGAUCAAUUUUGACCACAUCUGGCAGAAGACGCUAACAGUGCUGCACCCGUUAAAAGUAGCAGACGGCACCAUCAUGAAUGAGACUGACCUGGCAGGACCAAUGGUCUUCUGCCUAGCUUUUGGAGCCACAUUAUUGCUGGCUGGUAAAAUCCAGUUUGGUUACGUGUAUGGGAUAAGUGCAAUCGGAUGCGUAGGGAUGUUUUGUCUCCUGAACUUGAUGAGCAUGACUGGUGUCUCCUUUGGCUGCGUCGCCAGUGUCCUCGGAUACUGUCUUCUUCCCAUGAUCCUGCUUUCCACCUUUGCCAUUGUAUUUUCCUUGCAGGGAAUAACGGGGAUUAUUCUCACGGCUGGAGUCAUUGGCUGGUGCAGUUUUUCUGCUUCCAAGAUCUUUAUUUCUGCCUUAGCGAUGGAAGGACAACAACUCCUCGUAGCGUACCCCUGUGCUUUGCUGUAUGGGGUCUUUGCUCUCAUUUCCGUGUUCUGAAAAGACUCUACAAACUGUCGGACUCCAGCGGGCCAAAAUAAAAUCAUACACUUGGACCAUUUCGUUGGACCAGAAACAGCUGCAAACAACUGUGUAGUGUUGCUGUCACAAACCGUUGCCCUGUUCUAAAUCAUCUGGAACCAUGAAAACCGAUGUCUCGUGGUCACUUUUUUAGGACUUGGAAUACCGUUUUCAAUUGACCGGAGGUGUCUAUAGCUUUAAUAAGUGUUCAUGCUUACCAGGUUAUGUCAUUUCUGUCCCAUUACUACAGCUUUAGAACAGGACCUUUUGGUUGUUUGUUUGAGGGUUGGGGUUUUGUUUGAUUUUGGUUUAUUUGUAGGAGAGGGAGAAGGAUUGCAGUUAUAAAUUGAUAGAUUUUUAUCAGCAGAAAUUAACAGAACUGCAGAUGCCGUAGAUUUUGGGUACUCUGGAUAAAUCUGCAGUAAUAAAGAACCUGUGUCUUGACCCCUCUUACCACAAGCAAAAUGCACAAAACAACACAAGGAAUUAGAGUGUUUUCUGUAUUUUAACAAAUGCACUCUCAACCCCUUGGUCUCAUUUAUUUGUUCUUUUGAUGUGAUAGUAUUGCAGCAUUUAAGAUACUUAAAUUAUAAAAUAGAAAGCAGAUGCUUCAAAAUUAAAGGGAUCUGUAAUUCUCUCAUACUUGAAACAAAAAUACACUUGGAUGUCUAGGUUGCUAGAUGUUAACUUGGAUUUCUGAAGAAGAUUUCAACUAGAGUUUCUUUUCUUAACGGUGCACAUCCCAGUAGAUGAAGAGUAAUCUCUUGCAGUAAUUCCAAGAAAAACAGCGUUUUGAAGAUGUUACGCUUGUCAGUAUUGUAGUUAUUGGAAAAUAACUUAAGGCAUAUUGAUUAAAUUUUCCUUAAAUUUUGAAAAAAGGUGUUUGAGUUCUCUAAUCUUUCUUUUUUUAAUGAAGUUUUAGUAGAAGAGAAAUUUCAAUAUUGAGUCAAAACCAUGUUUAAAGCUAAUUAUUGGAUUUGAUACUUUCUUUGGUCACAAAUACUUAAUCUGGCGUGGGAAGUGUCAUCUCAUUAGUGAUGUUAGGCACUUAUGAGAAGUCUUACAGGUGUAGGAAGUGGGAAAGUAAAUGUUUCUUCUUUACAUAAGCACUUGCUAAUUCUUAAAACAAGCAAGGAAAGGACACGUAUUUUUUAACUCCUGAGGAGGGAAGUUUCCUCACAUAGGUGUAGCUUCCCACCUGCCUUGGAAAUGGAGAAGCUCUACUGCAGUGCUGGUUUGUAGCUGCUGUUCUUCAGCAGUGGAACUGGGAGGCUUGUUCAUAUGGAUUUGCCCCAGGUGCCAGCCUGACGUUCCUCUGCCAUGUCCGUGGGAUUAUCUGUUCCUAGGCUUCAGGAGUUGCAUCUCUGGCCGGGCGCAUUACGUUAACGCCUUCUGGUAAGACUCCACUUGUGAAUUCAUCUUCAAAGGACAGCUUGCAUCCAGCUGGGGUGAGAAGGAAUCAUUCCAAAAGCUCAGAACACGUUCAUGUUCGCUUUUCCAUUAGUUCUGCACCUUCUAAAAGUCUUGUCCUAGUGCUGUUAGAGCUGCUGACAAGGCCUUUGUUGGCCAGAACCGGCUAUUGCCCCUGACACUGGGAGUUAUGAGGAGUGCCACAGGGGUGUAAAGCCUUUGAAAACCAAACACUGAUGCACAAGACCGUUCUGGCUUGCAUGGUGCUUUGUAACUGGCUGUAAACAGUGGAUUUUAAAAUGCACAAACUUUGGUUUCCUUCUAGAAGCAAAUUCAAGAGCCUGAAUAAUUUUCUGCUUUGAUACGUUAUUACAAAUUAUCAUCCUAAAUAAAAGCGGGGAC